CACAGGAGCCUUCUGUACUGUAAAUUGUUUCUCACCUUUCUGGUCACUGUAGGUUGCUGGGAGGAUUUUUCCCUAUCCUUGUUUUUUUGCAUACAUGUUGGUGGUUGGUUUGUUGUGUUGUUGCUUGUUUGUUUGUUUUAACCAGAGAAAACUAAACAGCUGCUGUGAGUUAAACUCGAUGAAGAUAGGAACACAGCCCAGCCAUUUAUAGAUGGGUCUUCCCUUAUUUCAUGUACCUGCCCUUACCAGCUGACUGAGGAGGCAGCUGCCUUUGGCUGAGGGGUGCACUUCUCCUUUCGCCUGUUCUGGUCUUUGGAUGUGAUGAGGGCUCUUUAUGUCCUGCUCAUUUCCUCUGCUUUCUGGAAGUUCUUUGUGUUCAGGACUCAAAAGCAAAUGAUAGAGUUUCUGUUUGGAACAGUCUGGAGCACUGCACUUGGGUGGCUGCUGGUUGAGAAACAUCUCAAGAGUUCACUGCUUCACAGCAGUGCCAAAGAGAGGGCUGAAGGGAAGGCAGUGCUCAUAACAGGCUGUGACAAAGGUUUUGGACAUGCCUUGGCAAAACAGCUUCAUGCAAAGGGAUUUACUGUUUUUGCUGGAUGCUUGCUAGCGGAUAAGAAUGGAGACGGAGCCAGGGAGCUGAAGGACAUGAAGUCAGAUCGCAUGAAAGUGCUGCAGAUGAAUGUGUGCAGCGACCAGGAGGUGGCUGAGGCUGUGGAUUAUGUGAAGAAGACCCUGAAAGACCCAGAGGAAGGUCUGUGGGGCCUGGUGAACAAUGCUGGUGUCUCAACUUUUGGAGAGGUGGAAUUUACAAGUUUAGACAACUACAAGGAGGUGGCAGAUAUCAACCUGUGGGGCACCGUGAGGGUGACAAAGGCUUUUCUGCCCCUCAUUCGCAGAGCUAAAGGCCGUGUAGUGAAUAUCACAAGCAUGUUAGGACGGAUGGUGAGCCCAUCUCGCUCCUGCUACUGCAUUUCCAAGUUUGGGGUGGCCGCCUUCUCUGACUGCCUCCGGCAGGAGAUGUAUCGCUGGGGAGUCAAAGUCAUCCUCAUCGAGCCCAGUAACUUCGUGGCAGCGACCGGCAUCCUGACAGAGGGCGGCAUCGACAAGCAGGCCGAGGUGCUGUGGAGUGGAGCCAGCAACACCGUGCGGGAGGACUAUGGCAGGGAGUACUUCACUCGCCACGUGGCCACGAUGAAGUCCUUUGUUAACAGCGGCCUGAAGGACAUGUCUCUUGUCUUGAAUGACAUCACCAACGCGCUCGUCUCCGCACACCCAAGCAACCGCUACAAUCCCAUGGAGACCUACUGGUGGGUGAGACUGCAAGUCAUGACUCAUCUGCCCACUGCCAUUGCUGACUGGCUUUACAUUCCUGGAGCCACACUGUGAACGGCCAUCCUUCAAACAUCCUUCCAGGGCUUGUAUGUACGCACAGUUUAGAGCUGACUUAGUCCUGUACUAAUUGCUGGUGCAUCUCCUCUUUAGAUGUUUGUGUCUUCAGUUUGAUUGGGUUAUGGCUUCGCAUCUUGCGUUGCGGGAUGCGGAGGGUAAUUGUCUUUACUGUCUCCUCCCUUGGUCUUUGUAUCCCCCACUGUCCUGAUUGAAGUUGAAAGGUGUUUUGCUUUUGACUGUGGAGAAGACAGAGGAAGGUUAACAUAACAGAUCAAAUAUGUGGCUAUUGUAACUAGGUCAGCUGAGCUCCCCUAGUGAUAAAUUGGACUAAUUACUGGGCUCUUGGUUUUCCUUACAAGGAUAGGCUGCUAAUAGCAGAGUGAAGCUGUUGCUAUGAGAUGUCUCAUAGGGAAGAAGCUAAAAUGGGAAACAAAAGCAGUUUUCCAUUUGAUUAAAAAUGGGUCAAUCACAGCCUUAUUUUGUUUUCACAGUACUGGUAGGAAGCUCUGCUGCUCCAUAACUGUUUGCUCUUUCCAAGAAAACAGCAGCACUGCCUCUAAACAGCCUCAUCACCCAAUUGCAAAGAAGGGUUCUUCUCUCCCAGCACUGUGUCCAGCAACUGGAGACAGACUAGGCAGGGAAAAGCCCUUGUAAUAUCUCCUGGUAUCUGAGCUGCCCUUCAGCCAGUGAUCUUUCCACCCACUGCUGAUGAGCUGUGUGAGACAGACUUGAAUCUAUGUAGCAAACAGAUUUAGCUCCUUUAACUGCUGUGUUAGGUACCAGGUGAAAAAAGGACAGUGUGCAGUCAGUUUGGCCUGACUACGAGCUCUGGAAGGAUGUUUCAGGUGAUGGAUUUCUUUUUAAUUAAUACUGCACAAUGAAAUUUCUACGUCACACGUAAUCAUCUCCUCAGAAUUUCAUGACACGACAACUGAUACGAGCUGCUUUUGCAAAAUACCCCUGAGGAUCUCUCCUGUUGGCCAUAUCUGGGGCAUUCAAUCAUUUUUCCAAGUGCUGAGGCUGCCAAACCUCACACCUUAUGUCCUCUUUCCAAGUGGUGAACACCAGCAAAGCAGCUAGUGGUGAUCUGCCUUGUCAUUCUAGGGGACCAGCUUCCCAUUCUGCUAAGUUUUGUUCUGUUUUGACUUACGUGAGAUUAAAUGAAUAUGAAAAGAGCUUAUAAUUUGCUCUUUCCUUAUCUGUCUUGGAUAGCUAUGACUUUGAAACUGUGCCUUAAACUUUUAUAUGCUGCUCUUUGUAACUGCUUGGAGACUGGAUACAACUGAAUGCUGUGAGGCCUAAGGAGGCAGCAGGCUUCCUUUGGAUAUGCCGUGGAGGUAGCUUGUAUUACAAAUAAUUUCUGAAAAUGCUGGCUAUGCAGUUCUUUUUUUAUUUCAGACCAUAAUCACAUGGAGGCUGUCUGGGAUCUGGUACCCAGAAUGAUUCCACUGUCCUACCGAACUGCAGCUUGUUUAGGCAGUGUUGAAAUCACUUCUGCCCCUUGCACUGUGAAAUGUGAGUAAUGUGAAGUAGCACUAAUUUGCACAGAGGAAAAUAAACUGUGAGAUUUGUAAAGCACA